CAACCGACGUCACCACAUACAGCUAGCUAGCCAGUUGUUUUGGGAGAAGAAGAAAAGGGCUACAAGCGGAAGAAACACCGGAUUUGGUUUCGGAUAGUAUUCGGUUUAUGGUCCUGGUUUAGUUUUUUAAAAUACAUUUUGAAUAAUGUCGACCCCGGCAAGGAGACGGCUUAUGAGAGAUUUUAAAAGACUUCAAGAAGAUCCUCCCACCGGUGUGAGUGGAGCACCAUCAGAGAACAACAUCAUGCUUUGGAACGCUGUUAUUUUUGGGCCUGUGGGAACACCGUUUGAAGAUGGAACGUUUAAGCUGCUGAUAGAGUUUUCAGAGGAGUACCCAAACAAGCCUCCUACAGUUCGGUUUGUCUCCAGAAUGUUUCACCCAAAUGUUUAUGCAGAUGGCAGUAUAUGUUUAGACAUACUUCAGAACCGCUGGAGCCCCACAUACGAUGUGUCGUCCAUACUCACCUCCAUCCAGUCAUUGCUGGACGAGCCAAACCCCAACAGCCCGGCCAACAGUCAGGCCGCACAGCUCUAUCAGGAAAACAAGAGGGAGUACGAGAAGAGGGUGACGGCCAUUGUGGAGCAGAGCUGGGUGGACGUCUGAGCUUCCCUCGCUCUCGGCUCCUUUCUCUCCAUCACUCACUCUCUUUAUCAUCCCAGUACUCCAGUCUUUCAUUUUUACCUCAUCAAGAAAAAACAGCAACUAUAUCAUAAGAACUCAAGUGCCACCCUGAGAAAAAAAAAAAAAAAGGAAGAGUCAAAAAAAGAUCCAGAGAACAACCAAACCAGAAUGGACAUUAACUUGCUUGCCAAUACAUUAGAGGAAAACAAGGGAGGGGAAAUCAAUCUUAUAUUUGUGUUUCUUGUCCUUAAUUUUACUUUUUUUUAUUGCAUGAUGUGAAAUAAGUUAUUGCUAACAGAAUUUGUAAUAUAUCUUUGUUUGGUUGGAUUGAUGCGGUUCUGUUAGCGUUUGAGUUUUACGGAAUUUCUUUUUUCCUUUGGAAAUGUUCCUUGUUUUUUUUUUGUUUUGUUUUUUUUUGUAAUGUCCGCUGGUGUGCACACAACUUGGCUGUUUGGAAAGGGCAGGUUGAUGACCAAUCCGGCAUACUUUGAAAGUCGUGGAAGAAUAGCAACUUUCGGAGUCGAUAUCAUCGUUACUUUUCAAGUCAGCCACAGAUGCAGCUGAUACAGAACAAUCCCUGAUCUGUUCCAGCAUAUCUGUUAUUUUAAGAGAGACUGUAGGUUUGGGCUCACAGACGUCACAGGCUGCAACAGCGCCAAGUCUCCUUUGCACUGAUGAAUCAUGACUCCCUGGCUAGGUAGCUCCGAGCUUUUAUUUUAAUCAUUUGUGCUCCAAGGUAGAAGAUUACAUUGGAGAGGGAGUGUUAUGAGAAAGAAAGAUUAACACCAGGAUGGGACAGGAUCAACUUGGACUGCGGGUCCCAAAGUAGAGAAUGGUGUUAGUUGAAAAGGAUGUGGAAAACCCAGCUGAACCAAAAAAAUACUGUAUUCAUUUCAAUCAGCAUUUAAUUUUCCAUAAGUCAGCUAAGUGAAUCCAUCUUCUCACUGUUAUCCUUUGUCCCAGUGUCAUUUGUUAAGUAAAAUGUAUGUAGCGGACAGGAGCCCCUGAGCUCAGGAAUUCAACAGUGCUUGUACUUGAUUUUCUUGAAUGGUGGUGCUAUAUCAUUUUCAUUAUGGUUUAUUCAUGGCUAACAGGGCUUGAGUGACAGAGGUAGCAAGAGAAAAUAGAAGAUAAAUGCAGGGCUGUGUUUAAAAAAAAUUUGAGUUGAACUGUUCUCCGCUUCCUCUCCUGACAGCUCAUCUUGGGCUUGCGCCCACAUGGUUUUCUAAUUUCAUCCGCCACAGAAAGUAAAUCACUUUUGAAUACUUGUUGCCUGUGACGUGUGUCGGUGCUUUUGAUCAUCCUCUUAAAAUGACACAGCUGACAUAAAUUAACAAAUGAGCAGAGGAUAAAAGCAGUGCAGGCCAGUGCAUAUACUGUUUUGCUCUAAAUGCCAGCAGUUAAGAGGAUUGACGGAGCAAACUGCUGGAGGGAAGAACACACUCGUAUGCAGUUUGAACCCUGUUUCAACAUUGUGACAUGAACUGUUUUCCCAAAGGCUUAAGUUGUUUUCAUGCCUGCAUUUGUCUAUUUUAUUUCUAUGUGAUACCCAAUUAAAAGACCACUUGAGCAUAAAUUUUUGACUUAACGCUGCCCAGCUAAAUAAUCCAUGAAAGACGUAAAACAUCAUCGUAAAACAGAGCUCCUCUUUUCGGAGACAGUAAAGGUCAUAUUGUGGCUAGUGACUUAUUUCACCUAAUAAGCAGAAGGGAUAUGUUAUAAAAUUUUGUGAAUUAAACAAAAAAAUGUAUACUUAUAACAAUAUGCUGUAUAAACAUAAUAAAACACAUUUUUCAGACUUUGA